GAUGCAAGGCCAUGUCAGCUCCUACCAAAGAUUCCUACUCAUGCUCGGGGCACAUAAGUAAGGUAAGGAACUACGGACUGAGAGGAACAUCGAUCAGCUUCCCCAAGUUCUCGUCAACAAGAUCACCAUCCCAAGAGUAGAUACCUGCAAGAAGUCUGUCCACUGAACCUGUGAAUUUACACCUGAGACUUUGAUCUGUUUUCACAGUGUCACUUUUGGGUCACGGAAGGAUGCUGGCUGUGGUCCGUGCACUCACAGAAACUAUAAACCAUCUUUGAGGAAGGACUCAGUCUACCUGAAGAGUGUGUUGAAGGGAAAAGUAAAACAAAGUCGUGGAACUGCAAGAAGAGGAUGAAAUGGAUGAAGAAAAAGAGAAGAAAACCAUGUCUCAGCCCCAGAGCAAAAUGAAGGACCGGCUGGCCGAACUUCUGGAGGUAACCAAGAACUAUGACCAGCAGUUCCCAGACGGGGACGACGAAUUUGACCCGCCCCGUGAGGACAUCGUGUUCGAGACGGACCACAUCCUGCAGUCCUUGUACGGAAACAUCCAGGACCUUCAGGAUGAAAACCAGCAGCUGAUGACCGACGUGAAGCGGCUGGGGAAGCAGAACGCCCGCUUCCUCACGUCCGUGCGGCGCCUCAGCAGCAUCAAGCGGGACACCAACACGAUCGCCAAGGACAUCAAGGCGCGGGGCGAGAACAUCCACCGCAAGCUGUGCGCGAUGAAGGCACUGAGCGAGGAGGCCGAGGCCCAGCACGGCGCGCACUCGGCGGUGGCGCGCAUCGCGCGCGCGCAGUACAGCGCCCUCAUGCGCACCUUCCAGCGCGCCAUGUACGAGUACAACCAGGCCGAGAUGAAGCAGCGCGACAACUGCAAGAUCCGCAUCCAGCGCCAGCUGGAGAUCAUGGGCAAGGACGUCUCCGGCGACCAGAUCGAGGACAUGUUCGAGCAGGGCAAGUGGGACGUGUUCUCCGAGAACUUGCUGGCCGACGUGAAGGGCGCGCGGGCGGCCCUCAACGAGAUCGAGAGCCGCCACCGCGAGCUGCUGCGGCUGGAGAACCGCAUCCGCGACGUGCACGAGCUCUUCUUGCGGAUGGCGGUGCUGGUGGAAGAGCAGGCCGACACGCUGAACGUCAUCGAGCUCAACGUGCAGAAGACCGUCGACUACACCGGCCAGGCCAAGGUGCAGGUGCGCAAAGCCGUGCAGCACACCAAGAAAAAGCCCUGCCGGACCGUCUGCUGCUUCUGCUGCCCCUGCCUCAACUAGCAGGUCGGCCCCGGCCACCACACCACACCGCCGACCGAAAUGGCUGGGAAGCACACUGGGGGAGAUUUGGGGGCCCUCUGCACCGGCGUGAGUUGCCCCAAUCCUUCUGGACCUCUGUCCUCAGAGGAGGAAAAAAUCUUGAGGUGCGAGAAUUCCAGCCCAGCUUGUGUUUGGCAGGAUGGCUGAUGCCAUCCAGUGUUUCUUCAGUAAAGCAGAUCCCUACUGAAGUUGGGUGAGGUCAUUAUAUGGCACAUGGCACGCUUUUCCUCUUAACGGAAGCCAAAUAAGGAACUGACGUUGCAGCUUACCGUGUAGGCUAAAUGUCCAAGGCACGAACGCUUCCUAAUGAAACUCUAGGAGGAAGUCGGUUCUGCAUCGGCUGGUGAUGCGGCUGGUGAUGGCAUGAACUCAUUGUCGAAACUUAAAAUUCAUUUACCUUAUCCUGAAAGUCCCUUGGUUCUGUCCAGUUUCACAGGACAUCGAUCUUGGGGAAAACCGUACAUCUUUCAUUUCUGAUUCUUCGUCUGGUUUAUCCUGUGCGGUUCCUGCCUAGAUGUAGAUCUUCUUUCUGUCCACCUUCUCUACUUAUUAAAAUCAUAUUUAACACUCAUUAUUUCCUUAUGUUUUUCACUUUUAAUAUCUCCUGUCAGGAUAUAUUUUGGAUAUUUUUAAGCACUGAGUUUUGAACAGGCACUCAAAUGGAAGUAUGUAUCACUCACAUUUUAUAUAUUUUUCAUAAAUAAUUUAAAACGUAUCUUUUUACUUGAUAAUACAAAUACACAUAAAUAUAUAAAUGUAAAGGACUAAUAUUAAUGCGUGUACACAAUGACCUAUUAGUUUAACUUGACUUUUGUAAAUAUGGUCUAUAAGUAUCCAGAGCAGCACUUUUACUGGUCGUUGGUAUUGGUUUGCUUGCUUGAGUUUACCUGACUCCCAUCUCUGUGAUCUAGUUUGUGUCACAAUUUUCUUUUGAACCCCUCUGCGUUGGUUAUGGUGGUAGAGACAGGCAUCAAAGGCUAAAAUGCAUACAGAACUACAGAUAAUAAAACAACAUUCUUGAAACUAUUACUUUUGUUUUACUGUGGACCAUUUCUUUUGUGUACUGAAAUGGAGUAACUUAAAAUAAAAUAAUCUUUUUUCAAUUUAGUUUAAUAAACAUUACAUUAUAAUAA